AUGCGGAAACACCAGAUUGUAAAAAUGCUUUCAAAGGCCCUCGUAAUUUUGAUUCUCUUGGGAGCAGGCCUGAUCUUUUCUAUUUUAAGCCCACUUUCUGUGAUUACGAUGAAAAGUGUGACACCCGGGCUCUCAUACAAGGAGAAUGACACGGUUGAAUUCUACUGUGUUUUGCUUGCUAUUGUAUUCCUGCUGCCUCCUAUGCAGAUUCUAAUUUCAGGCCUGGCCAAUCAGAGCGUUAUGGCUGUGGACACGUUUCAAAACACGUACAUCGGGUGUCUUGCGACAUUCCUGGUCAUAGGAGUCAUCAAGUGCAUCGUUGGGAAGGAGCGGCCAGACUAUGCGGACAGAAUACAGAGAACCACAGGGCAAAAGUAUCUGGAGGGGAGGAGGUCCUUUCCCUCUGGGCACGCUGGGAUGUCCUUUGCGUUUGUGUUUUACUUGGUGUUUGACUCUGUGCUGGCAAUAAAAAGAAGCAAGAGCGUUGGGGUGAGGAGCGUCCUUGUGUACAUGGGGAUAAUUGUUCCUUUUGCGUCCGGGAUAAUAGUGGCAGCCAGCAGAAUAUCCGACCACAGACACGACAUUGUGGACGUGCUGGCGGGAGCAGGGCUGGGGGUAGUGAUUCCGCUUAUUUGCAGGCUUUCCCUCUCCUCUGGCAAGAGAAAGAAGCAGGAAAAGGCCCAAAACAUGCCCUUGGCGGAGGCGUGCUCUGCACAAGACAGCACAUCUGUGUGA